AUGUUGCAGAGAGCUGCGAGCAAUGCAUAUUCAUGGUGGUGGGCAAGCCACGUUAGGACAAAACAGUCAAAAUGGCUAGAACAAAACCUCCAAGAUAUGGAGGAGAAGGUGAAUAUCACCCUCAAGAUCAUUGACCAUGGUGGGGACUCCUUUGCACAAAGAGCAGAAAUGUACUACAGGAAGAGGCCAGAGAUAAUAAGUUUCGUAGAGGAAUCCUUUCGCUCAUACCGAGCCUUGGCGGAGAGAUACGAUCACCUCUCUCGAGAGCUCCAAAGUGCCAACCGCACCAUUGCCACGGCCUUCCCAGAGCGAGUUCAAUUUGCCAUGGAUGUCGAUGAUCACGAAGAAGAAGAUGACGUUCCGCAGACUUCCACUUCUUCUAGUACUAACACUACCGAUCCAAACCAAUCCGAAGCCAAAAGAUCAAGCAUACCGAAGGUUCCAAAAAUUCCCAAUAACGAUUUCAGGAGCCCUUCUAUGUUGAUCUCAAGGAAAGGACCACCAUCACUUAGAAGACUCGCUAGCUCAGCCAAGGCGGCUGCUGCUGCUGCAGCCUCAGUUGCAAGCUCGGGGUUGAUGAAAACUGAGGCCUUAGAGGAGAUUGAUAGCCUUCAGAAGGGCAUUUUGGCCUUGCAAACAGAGAAGGAGUUUGUAAAGAGCAUGUAUGAACAUGGAUAUCAAAAGUUUUGGGACAUUGAAGACCAGAUAACUGAUAUGCAGAAAAGGGUUAGUAGCCUGCAAGAUGAGUUUGGCAUUGGCAGUGUUAUCGCGGAUGACGAGGCUAGGACUCUAAUGGCAGCCACAGCUCUAAAAUCAUGUCAAGAGACUUUGGCAAAGUUGCAAGAGAAGCAAGAAAAGUCUGCGGAAGAGGCAAGAGUCGAGCAGCAAAGGAUCAAAGAAGCACACGAAAGGUUUGAGACACUCAGGGCGAAGUUUCUUCCCAAAGAGACGCAAUCGAAUAGCUUAGAUGAAGAGAUCAUGGGCUCGGGAAUUGAUGAACAUGAUGCGGAAAUGUUAAGGAAAAAGAUCAAAGAAGAGCUUGAAAUGAGAUCAGACUCUUCUCUUACUGUGACAGAACUGGCAGAGAAGAUUGAUGAGCUUGUGAACAAGGUUGUUACUUUGGAAACUGCGGUUUCUUCUCAGAACGCUCUAGUGAAGAGAUUAGGCUCGGAGACUGAUCAACUUCAAGCACACGUUAGGAGCUUAGAAGAGGGCAAGGAGAUUUUGAAGGAAGGCUCGGAGAAUAUGAACAAGAGAUUAAGUGUUUUGGAGGAAGAGUUGACUAAAGUAAAAGAACUGAACCAAAGCUUUAAAGUACAAAGCAGCAACCUCCAUACACAUUUUACAGAAGCAAGUUGUAAUCUUGAUCAUCUCUCUGAGAAACUACAUAGUGUGAAACAUGAUGAGGAGGUUGAGAACUUGAGAACAUCCCAGGAAGUAAUAGAAGUUUCUGAUGCCGAACCCGAAAAGGAUAUUGGAGAAAACACUACUAAGACAGAUGAUGGGAAUGAUUUAGUAGUCUCAAAAGAUGUGGUAGAAGUGGAUGAAAAGAAAGAAGAAAACGAAUCCAACCAAAGCAGCAACCCCAGUCAUGUGACUGUUAAAAGCGAGGAAUUGGAGGCGGAAAAGGAAGAAGAAACUGGUCAGCCAAACUGGAGGCAGCUUUUCUUGAAAGGGUUAGAGGAUAGAGAGAAGAUUCUGCUUGAGGAGUACACUUCAGUUCUUCAGGAUUACAAGGAAGUGAAGAAAAAGCUAAGUGACAUGGAGAACAAAAACCGGGAUAGCAUCUUCGAAUUGGCAAUGCAGAUAAGGGAAUUGAAGAGUGAUGUUGCCUCUAAAGACGAGGAGCUCAAGAACCUAAAACAGAAAUUUGAAUUCCCGCCAAUGAACCCCGACGAAAGUCCAUUCACAUGCUCCACGGAAUACAAGUACGCAACAAAUCAGGAAGCCUCUGGUGAGGGCAUAACUCAAGCAGCCAUCUCGCCUAUCUCUGAUAUCCCAUCUCUAAAUUUGGACAGGGAUUCAGUUUCUGAGCUUGGAGACACAAAUGUCGAGAGCUUGGAGAAUCUCAUAGAGUCAGAAGACAACUUGAAGAGCACCAUUGUAAAGGAUGAGCAAAUUACUGUAAAGGAAAAGCAGGCUGAUGCUAGGCCUCAGUCUGUUUCAAGUUCAACUAUCGAAGAAAAGUUCCGUUCCGACAUUGAUGGGCUUCUGGAGGAGAACCUGGAAUUCUGGUUGAGGUUUAGCACUUCAGUUCAUCAAAUACAAAAGUUUGAGGCUUCAAUAGAAGAUCUACAUUUGGAAUUGAAAAAACUAAAGGAGCGCAAUAACAGGAAGCCAGAAGGAAUUGUCUCUAAUCAACAUUCUCUACAAUCAGAUGCCAGGCCUAUAUACAGACACCUAAGAGAGAUUCAAACCGAAAUGCAACUCUGGUUCGAACACAACGCGGUUUUGAAAGAUGAGCUGCACGGCAGGUUCUCAUCCUUGUGCAACAUCCACAAUGAGAUAUCUAGGAUGUCUAGUGCCAGUUCAAGAGCAGAAAAGCCGGAGCUGAGUGAUUACCAGGCUGCAAAGUUUCAAGGUGAAGUGUUGAACAUGAAGCAGGAAAACAACAAGGUCGCCGAUGAACUGAACGUCGGUCUUAACCGUGUGAGAGGGCUUAAGCUUGAAGUAGAGAAGACACUGGUGAAACUGAAUGGAGAACUUGGGAUUUCUGCGGCAAGGAAUGACCAUCAUUCAGCCAUGAAACACUCAACGCAUAGGCCUCGAAUUCCUUUAAGGUCUUUCCUGUUUGGUGUGAAGUUGAAGAGGCAAAAGCCAUCAAUCUUCUCAUGUGUGAGUCCAGCACUCCAGAAACAAUACAGUGAUCUAGCAGCAGCAGGACCACCCCCAACCUAAUAAUUCAGAUAUUUUUCCCAUUCCUCCCCACACUGUAUUUUAUGCUCUAGUUUUGCCUCUUUGCCAUUAAUUCUAGUAGCAGAUAGUUGAUGAAGAAAGAUUAAUGUUGCUCUUUCACUUUCGUCUUAAAAAAAAAAAAAAAAUCUUUA